GCUCAAUUAAUAUUUUCGUGGUUGCGCCUCUGCUAUGAAGCGUACAAUUUCGUCCUUCAUAAAGUUUCGGGCGACCAGAUUUUCCUCUUGGUCAGGGAGAGAGUCCCUGAGGAGUUCCGAUCCCGAACUUUGGAAUUUGAUCUCCGAAGAGAAGAAGCGUCAGCGGUGCUCUCUAGAUUUAAUAGCAUCAGAAAACUUCACAUCUAGAAGCGUUCUGGAAUGUCUUGGGUCAUGUCUAUCGAAUAAAUAUGCCGAAGGAUACCCAGGAGAAAGGUACUACGGCGGGAACGGGAUCAUCGAUAAGGUGGAACUGUUAGCUCAGGAUCGAUUGCUUCAGUUGUUUGGCCUGAAACAACCAGGGAGGAGUUUGGAGCAAUGCGAUUGGGGAGUCAACGUGCAGCCGUACAGCGGCUCUCCGGCGAAUCUCGCCGUCUACACUGCUCUCCUUAAUCCACACGAUCGUUUAAUGGGCCUGCACUUACCAGACGGGGGCCACCUCACCCAUGGCUUCGCAGUCGCAUCCAAGAAGAUUAGCGCCACUUCCAUAUUUUUUGAGUCUUUGCCGUAUCGCUUACAUAUCUGUGACUCCGUUGGAGCUAUUCUACUCGCCGAUAUGUCGCACAUUUCUGGUCUAGUUGCUGGUCGGGUAGUUCCCUCUCCGUUUGAGCUUGCCGAUGUCGUCAGCUCGACUACUCAUAAAACACUGCGUGGACCUCGCUCUGGGGUGAUCUUCUUUCGGAGAACACCUCACGCAUCAGGGACCACGCAGUCUCCGAGCACCAUUCGUCCUCAUGUUGCUGUUGAUCAGUUAGAGUCUCGAAUCAACAAUGCAGUGUUUCCGUCACUUCAAGGAGGACCACAUGAAAAUGCGAUCGCGGGGAUUGCCGCGAUGGCCCUUGAGGCGAGUAAACCGGCUUUUCGUAACUAUGCGCUUCAAGUUCUGAAGAAUGCUCGUGUAUUUGGGGAAGCACUAUGUUCUCAUGGACUUCGGCUGGUCUCCGGUGGUACGGAUGUUCACUUUGUGCUUGUCGAUCUGGCCCGGUCUUCCGGAAAGUCUGGUCUGGGUCGCGGUGACGGCGCACGAGUCCAGUUGGUUGCGGAUUUGGUUGGAAUCACGCUUAACAAAAACACUGUUCCUGGUGACAAAAGCGCUCAACAACCGUCCGGCCUCCGAUUAGGAUCGCCUGCUCUGACUUCAAGAGGCCUCACCGAAGCCGAUUUCGUGCAAGUGGCCAAGUUCAUCGACGAGUUACUUGAUAUUAUGCUGAUGGCGAAGGCUCGUUCACAAAAUUUGAAGGCCUUUCGAUCAGUUCUGCUGGAAGAUCAAGGCGUUGUCGCGCGCAUUGAGAAUCUCCGUGCUCACGUCUCAGAUUUCGCCUCCAGUUUCCCCAUGCCCGGUUGGGAUGACCACUAACUUGCAUAUUUCCCUUGCUUUUGUAUGAAUGGCGCUGAUUGACCCCCCUGUGGUCGUUUCCCCUCGAUUUGUGAUAUCUUUCAUUACUAGACCUUGAUCCCAUUUAUUUUACUCUCAGUCGCUGAUUCACCUGAGCUGUACAAAAUCAGACAGUCCGUGCCAUCCAUACUUCCGAGUUUCUCAGAAACAACAUUAGUGGGGGAUGCGGAUUUUGAACUGUUCUCAAUGCUGAGUGAUUAUUGUGGGGAUAUCUGCUCUAUUGGUUUAAGUCACUGUCUCGAGUCGAACUUCGGCUACUUUGACCCAAAGAAUAUAAACAAGAAUGGAACAGGUGUGGUGUGGACUUGUGAGCGAUCAACAGUACCCGUACUGGUACAGUUUUUUCCGAUUCGAAUUGUGUUCCACACUGAGAUUGCAUAUCGCGACCCAUGCAUUCAUCGGAUACUCCAGUUUACACAGUAGUGAAAAUCCUCCGAAAACUAGUCGCCAGCAAUGCGUCAGCACGUGGAAACGGUGACCAUUGGGUUACAAGGGAGACGCCUCAUCCCUUCAGACAGUGACAGUCGUUGUUUGGUCGCAGUACACUCCUCAGUGCGCUACACCAUGCGGUGGGGGCCAUCACACACGUUAUCAUCUUAUGCACAUGCUGUUCUUCCCACCGCUGUUCCGUUGUUGUUGUUGUUGUUGUUGUUGUUGUUGUUGUUGUUGUUGUUGUUGU